AGAAGAAAAAUAUAUUCCGUGAAAUGUCAAAAAAGCGUAUUUUCAAUCAAUCAUUUUCAUUUUUGCGUCCCCUCAAAUUUUUUUAUUAUCCCACUUUCCUCACUCUAUAUACUUUUUCUCAUAUUUAUAUGCCCCUAACCCCCACCACUCGCCGGAAAAUUCCACUCCGUCCGAUCACUCUCCGUUAUCAGGCGUCCAUGGAUCGCCGUUAGGGUUUUUGGUAUCUAUAGAUAAGUAAAUUUAACAGCUAGGGUUUUUGUAAUGUUGAAUAAAAUCAUAAAGCGAGGGCAUAAAAAAGUACCUAAAUCAGAAGUAUCUGAUUUCGGUCACGCGCCGCCUUCUGCGGCGGCGCCAGGUGGUAGGAAUUCCGGCAAUGUUUCGACGUCCGAUGUGGUUGUGGUUAACCAUGCUUCGCGAGUAACAAAUUCGAUUCAAUCACAACAGGUGACGUCAUCUUCACUGACGAUGACGUCAGCUUCAGCUUCUGGAAACAUGGAGAACCUUCCGCUGUUCCGUGACGUUCCGGUAUCGGAACGGCAAGUGUUGUUCUUAAGGAAACUACAGAUUUGUUGUUAUCAGUUUGAUUUCAAUGAUACGAUGAAAAUGGUGAGGGAGAAAGAGAUAAAGAGGCAAACACUUGUUGAACUUGUAGAUUUUGUUCAAUCUGGUGCUGGAAAAAUCAGUGAAAGUAAUCAGGAAGAAAUGAUACGAAUGAUAUCGGGGAAUAUAAUGCGGUGUUUACCUCCGUCUUCUCAUGAGAAUACAGGAUCCGAAAAUAUGGAACACGAAGAAGACGAGCCGUGUCUCGAGCCAGCUUGGCCACAUUUACAGCUUGUGUAUGAAUUGCUGUUGAGGUAUGUUGUUUCAUCAGAUACUGAUACAAAAGUAGCUAAGCGGUUUAUUGAUCAUUCGUUUGUGUUGAAGUUAUUGGAUUUGUUUGAUUCCGAGGAUCCGAGGGAAAGAGAGUAUUUGAAAACGAUACUUCAUCGCGUAUAUGGGAAGUUUAUGGUGCAUAGACCAUUUAUAAGGAAGGGGAUUAAUAAUAUCUUUUAUAGGUUUAUAUAUGAGACUGAGAGGCAUAGUGGGAUAGGUGAGUUAUUGGAGAUUCUAGGGAGUAUUAUAAAUGGUUUCGCAUUACCCAUGAAAGAGGAACAUAAGCUAUUCCUUGUUCGGGCACUCAUACCAUUGCACAAGCCGAAAACAGUUGCGAUGUAUCAUCAGCAGUUAUCUUACUGUAUUGUUCAGUUUGUUGAAAAGGAUUAUAAGUUGGCUGAUACGGUUAUAAGGGGUUUGUUGAAGUAUUGGCCUGUCACUAAUUGCCAAAAGGAAGUCCUCUUUCUUCAGGAGCUUGAAGAAGUGUUGGAGACUACACAGGCGGCAGAAUUUCAGCGCUGUAUGGUUCCUCUUUUCAGACAGAUUGCUCGUUGCCUUAACAGCCCACACUUCCAGGUUGCAGAACGAGCCCUAUUUCUAUGGAACAAUGAGCACAUAGUGGGAUUGAUAGCCCAGAACCGCAAUGUCAUUAUCCCAAUAAUUUUUGAUUCUCUGCAAAAGAACAUAGAUAAUCAUUGGAAUCAAGCUAUCCAUGGGCUGACUGUAAAUGUUCGCAAAAUGUUCAUGGAAAUGGAUGCUGAUUUGUUCGAUGAGUGUCAAAGACAAUAUUCUGUGAAAGCAGCUCGGGCCACUGAACUGGAAGAGCAGCGAGAACUAAGAUGGCGGAGAUUAGCAGAUGCUGCAGCACAAGGAUGCUAAAAAGGGGCAUGUUAUCAUGAUUCCUGAUCUGUUAAUGUGGGAUUAGACCUCAAAUCCAAAACUGGAUGUGUAGUCUACGACCACGAUCAUUUGUUAUACUGGUAUUCAUUUUUCUCUUAGUUUUUUUCGAUGGUUUUAGUGUGCUGAAUCUUUGAAGAUGACUGGCAAUGCAGCCACGUGUAACUCAUAUAUGUAUUUGAUAACUGCUUUGUCGCGUGCUGCAGCUCAGGUAUGGUUUGUUUUAAGUGUAAUUUGUUCUGUAAGUUUGCCCUUUUUAGAGAAAUUUUUAUUCUUCAGUGAACUUUGAAAGGAAACAAA